AAUACAUAGUACCAUAUGACUUUUCAUUGAAUAACCCAACAUUUUUAUACAUAAUAUCAUCUUGCAUUGUAUUAUCAUGCAGAAUGUUGUCACGCAUAAUAUCAUCUAGCGUUACAUUGUCAUCAGCAACGCCGUAAUACAUAGUACCAUAUGACUUUUCAUUGAAUAACCUAACAUUUUUAUACAUAAAAUCAUCUUGCAUUGAAUUAUCAUGCAGAAUGUUGUCACGCAUAAUAUCAUCUAGUGUUACAUUGUCAUACGCAAUGCCGUAAUACAUAGUACCAUAUGACUUUUCAUUGAAUAACCCAACAUUUUUAUACAUAAUAUCAUCUUGCAUUGUAUUAUCAUGCAGAAUGUUGUCACGCAUAAUAUCAUCUAGUGUUACAUUGUCAUCAGCAACGUUGUAAUACAUAAUAUCAUAUGACUUUUCAUUGAAUAGCCCAACAUUUUCAUACAUAACAUUGUCACUGCUGGUAUCUACUUCCCCGACUUACGCAGAAUCCCUUUUGUUUAAAAGUUUUUUCACGACCAAUAUCUUUUUUCGAGAUACCUCGUAGUUAUGGACCAAGCAAAUGAUAAAAGAACGAAGCGCAAAAUAAUAUAGCGUCGGAGAAAAGCAUCAAGGGAGUGUUGAAUUCAAUUGUGGUAUGCAGUGCAAGCAGGGUCAAAGACAUGCCGAAACAUGUAAGAUUCAAGCUAGCGUAAAAAGCAAGGAACAAUUCUCCGUGGGACAGCAUCAACUCGCAAAUGCUUUGACGGCUCUUUGAUAAAGAGUUAUGCCUGAAGAGUUAUGAAUUAUAACUACAGGCCUGGCCUAAGGCCUCUUGUAUUUUCAAUGGUGCAUCUUGAAUUUCACUCAGUAGGCUUCUCAGUCGGUGCAUUGCUGUACAAUCUGUACCUUAUCUUAUCCGUUGGCAAUAUGAAUGCAGUGGCAUGGACUUGUUUUACGGUUUCAGAUUCCGGCAUCACACAACCGAAAAGAAAAAGCUUGGUUUGAAGGUCGUCAAAUCAAAUCAAAGGAAAGAGAAACACCACAGGGAUCAUUUUUUUGAAAAGCAACCUUACUCGUCUGUCAAGCAGGCCCGUGACCUUUUUUGGUGCUAUCCUUUCAAUGUCAGACUUCACCAUUCAGACUCUUCUUAUGUAUCCAAUCUAAAAGGUAUGGGUUCCGAAUCAUUUGAAAAUGAAACCCCAGAACAUAUGCGUCUUUUGUUCAGAGAAAAUAAACUUGGGAAAUGCACAACUGCUGGGAUGUGUGGGGAACAUUUGCAAUCCAAUGUUGCAAUUAUUCCUAGUGAAUAUGCUGCAGAUUUCAGAAAAUUUGUAGAUUUAAACAGUGGCCCAUGCUCAUUAUUGUACGAGAGCAAAGUUGGAGAAGUUGGAGCUCCUUUGUUAGCAAAAGGUUCAGACAUAAGAACUGAUCUACCUGCUUACAAUGUUUUUGUAAAUGGAAAAGCCUGUGAAGAUGUGGAAAGUCUAGCCAAUUACAACUGGGAUGAUAUGGUCACAUUUUAUUUUGGAUGUAUCUUUGCUUUUGAGAAAAAAUAUCAUUCUGCUGAUAACCCUAUUCCUAACAUAGAAGGAGGAAAAAAUGUUUCUAUGCAUGCAACAAAUAUUCCUUGUUUUGAGGCAGGACCAUUCGGUUGCAACUUGUUAGUUUCAAUGAAACCAUUGCCAGAAAACCUCAUUGAUAAAGCUGUCAGUGAAACAUUGCAAUUGGACUUCACGCAUGGUGCUCCAGUUCACAUAGGCAAUCCUGCAGAGAUUGGCAUUGAAGACCUUAAUAGCUCUUCCAUUGCCUUUCACGACGAGGUGGCUGAUAAGCCUUUGACAUUGAGAGAGGGUGAUGUUCCAGUGUUCUGGGCAUGUGGUGUUACAUCAGGCCAUGCUCUUGAAGCUGCUAGAAUCCCGAUUACAUUUAGUCAUUCCCCAGGAUGUAUGUUUAUUACUGAUCGAACCAAUGAAGACGCACGAGCUCUACUCAAUGCAAAAACAUACCCUGAAGCUAGAACCGUGUGCUUGGACAAAACUAGAAAGAUCUUUUCUCUUGUUUCUUGCCAGACAUGGGACAAAAUUACAAAGCUGGAGAGUCUCAUAAUCGAUGACCCUGGCAAUCGUGGUGUGCAGUUUUUGCAAGAAAAGACUGAUUUGCAUUCUGCUGCUUUGAGCAUUUCUCAAAGUGCCAAGUCUGUAGCUAUAUUGACAGGAUUUUCUUGCUUACCUGAGCUAACUCCAUCCAUUGAAAAUGAUGGUAUUUCUGGUGCAGUAGCUAUUGCGAAAGCUGUCCAAGCUUUGGGAAAACCAGUAACUCUAAUUGUUGGCAAAACCGAAAAGCAAAUUUUCAAGGAUAUCCUGAUGUGGUGUCAUGCUAAUGGUAUUCUUAAGCACGAGGUGUCUGUGGUUACUGUUGAAAAUGCUGCCGAAAUGUUGUACGAUGAGUUAAUGGACCAAAAGCGUUUCUCUCAUCUUAUCAGUAUUGAGCGUCCUGGCAGAAACUCAAAUGGGCAGUAUUGCACAAUGAAUAAGAAGGAUAUUUCUGGAAGCGUUGAUGCUGUUGAUGAGCUCUUCCUUGAAGCAAAGAAACAUCCAGAAAUUGUAACCAUUGGCAUUGGAGAUGGUGGCAAUGAAAUCGGCAUGGGUAAAGUACUAGAGAGAGUUGCUGCCAAUGUCAAGCAUGGCAGUGAGAUUGGCUGUACAGUUUCGUGUGACUACUUAAUCACUGCUGGUGUGAGCAACUGGGGUGGUUAUGCUCUUGCCAAAGCUAUCUACAUGUGUGUCUCGUGUCCAGUCCAUGACCGAUAUCGGAGAAAGUCGCUUGGCCUUCCUAGUGAACCUAUACUGGAUGACUUUGUGACAACUGUUGAGCAGGAAGAGAAACUUCUUGAGCAUCUGGUGUCUCUUAACAUACGAGAUGGCAUCACAAAAGAAGCAAGUAUGUCGGUGGAUGGUAUUGACUUUGUCCCAUAUCAUGCCAACAAAAUUGCAGAUAUAGCAGCGGUAUAGACUUGCAGGCAAGAUGUCUGUUUUCAUAUCAUUUGUAACGUCGUCUUUCGUGUUCAUAGCUAGUGAGUGGCAAACGAUAAUAGUCUGUCUUCUUCAGUUUACAAUGGAGCAAAUUAUAUCAAAUGUUUCUUGCUUGUAUACCUAGAACCUUUUUUUUGUUUACAUCCUCUUUGAUGCACAACAUCACGGCACCAUGAAUUUGACCUUAUUGAACUUUCAGCACACUUUC